CUAUAUAAACGCGGAAAGCCCUAGCUUCUCUCCGAUCUCUUCUCCCAGCUUUCCAUCUCCAAAGAAAACCCUUGAUCUAAAGAAGAGAUGCCGCCUAAGAAGGAGAAGGCUCCUCCUCCGUCUUCAAAGCCUGCAAAAUCCGGCGGUGGAAAACAAAAGAAAAAGAAAUGGAGCAAAGGGAAGCAAAAGGAGAAAGUUAACAACAUGGUUCUCUUUGAUCAAGCGAGUUAUGACAAGCUUCUCACUGAGGUUCCCAAGUACAAGCUUAUCACUCCUUCAAUCUUGUCGGACAGAUUGAGGAUUAAUGGGUCGCUUGCACGAAGGGCAAUCAAAGAUCUGAUGGCAAGGGGUUCAAUCAGGAUGAUUUCUGCUCAUUCGAGCCAGCAGAUUUACACCAGAGCCACCAAUACCUAGAAGUGGCCUUUUCCCAUUUCAUUAGUUUUCUCCAGAGUGACGCUGCUUCUUAGUUUAAUGUUGGGAUUUUUCUUCACCGACUGCUUUAGGAAAGCUGUUUUUCAGCGUACUUAUUGAAGUUUUGAUUGCUAGUACUUUUUUUAGAGAACUGAAAUUUUGUUAUUUGCUACUUGAAUAGCUAUUGGCAUUCAGACCCUUUUUAUUUA